AUGUACUGUCAGAAAUGCCGCACGCCGCUCAAGCUUGACAGCUCCUUGGAGGACCUGAAUCCAGCUGCCUACGACCUGCUGGUCGCCACCCACAACCAGCAGCCAACCUCCAAGCCAGUUGUCUCUCGCACACAUGUCCAGGACGCCGCCAGAAGAGCGAUAUACGACCGCGCCUGCCGCGAUGCAACGCAGCCCAUUUUCAGGCGCCACAGCGGCGCGGGACGAGGCGACCGCGACACCUCGACCAUGUCCUUCAUCUUCCUGACCGAAUCCCAGAUUGCCGCGGCGACGCUCUCACAGCAGCGAAACGCAAGUCAGAAUGCCGGGCCCUCGUCUCUACCGUCCCAGGGCGGUACGGACGGUACCGGGGACGACGAAGACGCAGGAAAAGUCCACCACGAGAUGGAGCGCAUCACCAAGCUUUGGGAAAUCCUCUCCGCCCGCUCCGACAUCGACCAUCCCGUCUGCGUAGAGUGCACCGACCUGCUGCUGGAAGAGCUCCAAAAAAAGCUCGAGGCCGCAACCCGCGAGCGUGACGCCUACAUCGCCUUCCUCAAAGAACUGCAGGCGAACAGCCCGACGGACGAGGAACUCCGCGCGCGGGAGGAAGCCCUGCGCAAGGCCCAACAGGCUGAAGCCGCAGCCCGUGAGGAGAUCCUCAAGCUUGAGAAGGAGAAAGACGCCCUGGAUGCGGAGCUCUUGGCUCUAGAAGAAGAGUGCCGCCAGCUGGACAUGCAAGAAGAGACCUUCUGGCGAGACCGCAACGCGUUUGCUUCCAAACUUGCCGAGUUCCAGAACGAGCGCGACAGCGUCAACUCCAAGUUCGACCACGACUCCCGCCAGCUGGAGAAGCUGCAGCGUAGUAACGUCUACAACGACACCUUCUGCAUCAGCCACGACGGGACGUUCGCGACGAUCAACGGGCUCCGCUUGGGGAGGUUAUCCUCUCACCCGGUCGACUGGCCUGAAAUCAACGCCGCCUGGGGGCAUGCUUUGUUAUUACUGGUGACGGUCGCCGAAAAAUUAAAUUACCGCUUCGAGGGCUACGACCCGCAACCCAUGGGCUCAACAUCCCGCAUCAUUCGCUACGAAACACCCUCCCCUUCCUCCAGCCGCAUCAUCCUCUCCCCCAGCUCAACUACUACUAACCCAACAUCCGGCCAAACCCCCAAAAAACAAAUCCUCCCCCUCCACUCAACAAGCGACGCCCCCUUCCUAACCUCCUUCAUCCAUCGCAAGUUCGACGCGGCCAUGGUCGCUUUCUUGGAGUUAGUCCGGCAGUUGGGCGCACACGUGUAUGCCACGACGGCACGGGACCCGACCAACUACCCUGCCCCGCGCAGCCUGCCGUACCGGAUUGAGGGCGACAAGAUCGGGGACGUGAGUAUACGAUUGGGCGGGAUGGCGCAGGAUGAUGUGGCGUGGACGAAGGCGUGCAAGCUGACGCUGACGUGCUAUGCCUACAUUGUCCGGAUCCUUAACCGUGGCAUCAACCCCUGUUGUGAAGAACCUAAUGAUCUAAUCUACUUUACUGUGUAA